GUCAGUAGUGUUCAGCGGGCAUUGCGACAAGGGAAGCGACGAAGACACACCAUAUAAUGGAAGGAGAUAGAAAACGCCACAGUUCCAGGGUUGCUCCUUAUUCACAAAGAUCAGAGUCUAAAGGUAAUACAAUGGACUGCCUGGACAUCGGCCCCAGACCUCCGGAUUGCCUGGACAUUACAACAGGGACCAGACCCCCGGGCUGCCUGGACUGUUUGCGGACAAGACUGCACUUACUUCCUAUUAUCACCUUUACAUGGCUAGGGAUUACAGUGUGUUUAUCAUAUACGUUGGCUGCCAUUAAGAACGACACAGAGGCUGAUUUUCCUUAUAUCAGUAAAACAGCAAACGAUGAUCCCCAGCGAGCCAUAUUUGCACAGAUGGUUACCAUUGGAUCAGUGCUAUAUGGUAUGUGUAGCACGAUGAGGUACCUCUCCAUCAAGGCUGACCUCCUAUCGUGUUCUGUCUCCCGCGGAUACCACAGACUGAACAUUGCUUGUCUCUGUGUAGGUCUUCUCGUCUGCUUAGGAAACAGUUUGUUGGGAAACUUUCCGACGGACGGCUACAACAGUUAUUUCAAAGGUCCUCACUAUGUGGGCGCCGCCAUGGCUUUUAUUGGUGGAGUUGUCUAUGGUUGGAUACAAACGAGGUUGUCAUGGGUACUGGACCGUAAACAAAGAUGGACGGGUAGAGUGCAGUUGCUGCUGAUCAUCUGGACCACAGUAGCGCUCCUUACGUUUGGGAUAUCAAAAACAGUGUAUGAAUUGCAGAAAUCCAAAGGUUAUGGGACAAAAGAGAAUGAAUUGCGUGACGUGUAUUUGGCAUCAACGAUAACGGAGUGGAUCCUGGCCUUCAGCAUCGCUGGCUUUCCUUUGACCUUCAUCAGGGAUUUCAAGGCAUCCAUUCUGAGAAGUCCCAAAAUCUCAAGACGUGACUAUACAGAACAGGUUGAAUAUGGAAUUGAUUAUGGUCGUAUAAAAGAAGACAAAGGUGUCCACUAAACAACAUUUAUUCUUCACUGAACAUGAAAAUCGUAUACAUGAUUUAGUUAGUUUCUUAAUCAUCUCGGUGUAUUGGGAUACCUAGUCUACAGUAA